AUGACGAGAUCUGACCCGCGUGACCAAGGCGAACGAAGGAAUCGAGAUAAAGCUUUUGGGGGCGCCAGCACGGAGCGGUUCCUGCCUGUUGCGCCGGACUCGUGGGGCGCGGGGUGGGAAGGAUGCGGGAUGAAGCAAGGGGCAGCCAACGACCGCGACGGCUUCUUUGAGCCGGGUCUAUCCCUGGGGUCCCCUGUUCUCGCUCUAUCCGGCCUUGUGAUGCGAUGA